GCUAAUGUUUUUUGUGGAUCAGUACGACAGGGAUAUAGCUAUUCUCCCUCAAGCCCCUCAAAUCGAGAGUCAUGCAUAUAUGCGCGCAGUUGCCAUAAGAUUGAGUGACAUAACCUUGUAUAUUGUCUCAAUGUCUCAAUAAUAUCAAGCACGUGUCAUUUGUGGAUUUUCUGGUAUCCGCGAGAUCUUUGUAGUGUCAAGUGGAAUUUUUAUCAUGACUACCAAUUCUUGUGUGGUUCCAACGUGCAACACGGGAUGUAAAUCUAUAAAAGAAAAACGAUCGGUGUUUAAAGUUCCAUCGAACAUCGAACUCCGUAAAAAAUGGAUCGCGGCAAUUCCGGGGAUUAUCGAUCUGAUGCCGUCACAAUUUGUGUGCGAAAAACACUUCCUCGAAUGUUAUAUACGAAAAAAAUGGACGAAAUGUGACUCGGAUGGUCGAGUUAUUGCAGAAGCGUCGUAUUCACAUGCUCAACUUGAUCCAAUGGCAGUACCUUCUGAAUUUGACAAUUCAAUCAAGAUGGAAAAUGACUCUAUCACUGAGUAUUCCUCUCCUAUAGAAAAGCAAAUAAAUGUGGAACACAACUACUGCUCUUGGGAAGAAAAAUCUAUUGUUCAUAAAGCAGAUCACCCAAUGAAUAUAGCAAUUGAUACUUCAACGAAUGAAGAAAAGGAAUAUCCAGUAAAUAAGCCUUUAGAUCUUGGAAUACCCAAAAGCGAUACACCGGUGAUUCAUCUUCCUCUGUCCACACAGUCCUUGACUAUGAAUUGCUCAAUAAUUAAGAAUGAGAAUGAAAUUAUAAAUCCUCCUGUACAAGAUGUUGAAAACAAUAAAAUUGUGAAGUCGGAAGCUUCGAUUAUUAAAAGCAUUCAAGAUCAACAGACUAAGAAUGACAAUACACCAGAAAAACAUGACUGUCAUUUUUACUUUUCAGAAGUCACUUUCAUCUGUACUACGGAAGGAACAAUGGAAUCCAUUUCAAUACCGAAACGUUGGGCUGUCUGUCAACUGAUGACGGACAACUGCAGUGUUCUUCUCUCAUACUAUGUAACCAAGAGAGAAAAUGGCGAUAGUUUACCAGUCAUGGAAAGAAAUGUGAAGCUCAGCACCAACAAAGAGCUGCGUUAUUAUGUGUAUGGGCGGGUUGUUGAUGUUGGAGGAUGGAGUCUCCCUCAAGUAUUGAAUGACGUAGGUUCAUUGCCGCAAGCUUUGGAAAAGUUCAAAAAUACAAAUCUGUGCAACGGUCUUGGUGCCAUUAACCAUCAUCAUCUAUCGUCGGAUAAUGUAUUCAAGGAUUACGUUGACCGAUGGCAUCACAAAAACUGUACUUUAAUCUCGAAAUUCAAGAGGUGCGCUCACUGCAUAAAAAUGAGAGGCGCAGUGUUGAAACGAGAGUUGAGAUUAAAAACAGUAGGCCCCCCAAAGCGUAUUAGUCAAUCUUCCAACCCGAUUGACCAAGCUAAAUUGAUUGCACUGCGAAAAAAAAAUGCUUGUGAAAGACGAAUGCAUAAUAGAGCUCAACAACGUAUUCGUUCAUUGACGAAGGCUUGAACGAUGCAUCAACCAAAAGCUAUUAUAUUAGCUAACAGAUGUUUGAAAUGUCGUUCUCGUGGCUCAAGAAACUUUGUUUCAAGAAAUAAUUUCAGUCCCAAAACAAACGGACGGCGGUAAUCAGUGCUACAAGGAAUGAUCGAUUACAGCAGGGUGCCCAUUUAGAGCGUUGAAAAAAUAUGAACAACUGACAGAAGUCAUACAAGUAAAUCACUGAAACACCCUAUUAUUGAACGUUUCAAUUAAUUAAACAAAUGGAGGCUUCUAUUUUUGUACGAAACGAGAAUACCAAGAAAUGUCGACUGAUACAUUUUCAAACGACUGAAGGCUUUAAUAAACUAAUCAAAAAUGAAAGGCCCUGAACUUCCACGAGUUUCAAAGGACCAGCGAGGUAUUAGAAGGCCGCACAAAUGAAAAUGUUUGUAAUAAAGUUACCAAAUUUACACACAGUGUUAUAUCUGGUGGCUUUGAAAGCAUACAAAACACUUGGCUCGAAACAGGUCCCCUACAACUUUCUGCUACAAACUAUAUUUCUGUCAUUCUAAAAAACCAGGAGGUUCAACUGCUUGAAGAAAGCAAUCGUACUGACCAUGACAUUAGUUAUUGACAAUGAAUGGAACAACGAUGAUAAGUUAAUAAAAAUUACUAUGUUACGAAGAAAUAUGGUAGAUAAGAGAAAUCUGUAUACUGUAUAUAUUUGAAGAAAUUUUUUAGGAACAAAAUGAAGUUUCAUUCAUAAAUUGAACAUGCAUUCUUCGAUAAUAAAUUGGUUUGAAAAAUCAAA